AUGGUCCUGGCCGAGGAAAAUUGUUUAUCCACAGCCAGUUCGGUGGCACAAACGGCUACUCUGACGAGCCUCGCGUUCCUCCUGAGUUCCAGCCUAGGCCCGAUUAGCCCCGUCGUGUCCGGGGCACCGUCCUACGGCAUGCGCACCACCUUUAACGCGGAGGCGUUCAUGGAGCCGUGGUUGCAGCCCUGCGGCACACCAAUGGCCGCUGCCCUGAGGAAACUACCCCAGCGGCACAGCGUCCACAGGACCCUCAAGCGGGUCAAGACGCAGCUCCGCGUCGCCCAGAACCACUUUCGCAAGGAUCUCAAGGACAUACGCGACAUCUACUCCAAGGUGUACAAAGUGCUGAAGGAGCAGUACCGGAUGAGUUGGCUGCCGGAUAGGCAGCUCGAGUGGUACCACAGCGAGAUCUGGUGCUUAGAGAAGGGCAAAAAGGCGGAGCGCGCCCUGCCACGGCUUCACGACUCCCUGCAGAGGUUCGCCAUCACUUUUCACCAUCUGCGGACGUUCAGGCUCAAGUCCAACAUCAACGCCGACAUGACCAUGAUCAGGCGGAACAAGAUCAUCGACGGCAUGAAUAGCGAGAUACUCAGGAUGCUGUGCGAGGUGGAGACGGCGAUCCAGAACCUGGGGCUGAAGCUGCCCGUCACCCACAAGUCGAUGCUAGUGACGGAGAGCUCGAACUGGGCGCGCGAGGGCGACCUCACCCUCAUGCUGAUCCAGGACUCGGGCGUGCUCCGGCUGUACCAGGCCUUUCUGAACGACUGGAUCCGAGCGCUGCGCAACGCCACGGUCACGGGCCCGGGCACCUGCGACCCCGCGAUGCUGCGGCCCCUGGCCAGCUACUUCAAGCCGAAAAAGCCGCAGCAGCAGAAAAAACAGACCAGCCCGAAAAAGAGCCCCAAGCGGCCCAAGGCCCGUCUGGCCGAGGCCAAGCAACAGCCGCUCGCCCAGAACGCCAGGAGGCUGGCCAAGAAGAAGAUGCUGAGGAAGAGGCGGCGGCAGCAGCUCAUGCGACAACAGAGGAAGGCCUUCUGA